AUGGUGGUAGGGGUCGCGGGCGCCCCGCGGGUCGAGGGUGAAGUGUCAAAUGACUUGAAGGCAUUACGGACUAAGCCCUUGAACCUCCUCCGCAAUAUAAAUAAGCAUCCCGUUGGUAGUAGGAACACGUGCCUGUACCACAAGCUGCCCUUAGUCACUACACCACACGUGUCAGUAACUGGGCGCCACGCUCCUCACUCACAGACCAGGUCGCUGCCAAAUGUAAAAACUAAUUCCGCGACUGAUGCUGAUUCAAUCCGGAACAGUGAGUCAGUGCUUCUAGGAAACAUUGACUCACUUCCGCUCCCACCGAGCGACCGUGGUGAGGAAGCUGGCUGA